AGACAGACCAAACCCGACCCAAAAUCCAGAAUAGAAACACUGAGUGACUCAACAGUCUGCUUCAAGUUUUAGUUGAAACAAUCUGAAAUCCAAAAUCAGGAAAAUAAAACCCUAAAACGAGAGAUGUGGUCUCUCUCUUCCCUCCGAAAGCUUUCUUCUUCCUUUUUGUUUCGCAGUUAUGGCGGCCUCUCUUACAUACCUUCCAGAUAUGCCGCUGCUUCUUCAGGUGGACAAGAAAGUGAAGCACCCAAAUUGGGCUCUUUACCAAAUUUUGGGAUAAAGGAGGCUCUCUCUACUUCGAACAGUUUGAGUUCUGCAAAUUUUUCUGCAGGUCAAAGAGAUGUUGAGAUGGGGAGGAGUUAUAAGCCGAUGGACUUUGUGAGGAGAACAAUUGAGCAAGAUUAUUUUCAAUUUUCUCGGCACAACAUUGAGCAAAAUCCAGACAUUGUGCUGAUAAAUCUCAAGCGCAAUAAUACUUUUAUUAAUGUCUUAGAUUCCAAGGGAAAUACAAAGUUCAAGGCCACCUCAGGAGCUAAGGCAGUUGGGGGUGGGGGAAAAGUGACCCGGUAUGCUGCUGAAGCUGCAGCAGAAUUUGUUGGACGGAGGGCUAGAGAGAUGGGGUUGAAAUCAGUUGUGAUGAGGGUGAAAGGGUUCACAUACUUCAAGAAGAAAAGGCAAGCAAUCAUGAGCUUUAGAGAGGGGUUUUCAAAUUCUCGAAGUGAUCAGAAUCCUAUUGUGUACAUUGAAGAUGUUACUCAGCGGCCGCAUAAUGGAUGCCGUCUUCCAAAGAAGCGUCGGAUUUAGGUUUAUUGUAUGUUGGCUUUGUUUUUCCUUUAUUACAGAGUGAAAGUAACUUUCCAAUGUUUAGUAGGGGGACUGGUAGAUCCUUGCGGUUCUUUUUCCAAAAUCAUAUCAGGUGCUGCUACUAUUUCCACAAUCACCUCAUAAGAGAAACUGGGUGAUGGAUGCUUUUGUAAUAAUGGAUGGUGCAUUGAAAAUGGUGCUGAAAAUUAGUUUAAAGAUGUUCCCGCUGAUUUAAAGUUGUUUUGUCUGUUCACUUUACAGUGACGAGCAUAUUUCAUAUGCACUUAUGGUACCCAGAAGUCUUUAUAUAUGUAUUUUAGCA